AAUACUCUGACUUAAAUUUCCGGUUAACCAAUAACUUUCACAAAUUCAAGAACUGUCAGAGACGCACCCGGAAAUUUGUACUUUUUUGACAAAUUAUGCCAGCGUAUCAUUCGUCGCUUUCCUCUCCCAAAUCUCUGGGAAAUAUGGCUUUAUUGCCUUUGAAUACCAAAUUUAAAGGACCCGCUCCCCCUGGAGAUGGUAACGCUGACAUAAUCGAAGAAGCAAUUUAUUACUUUAAGGCGAAUAUAUUCUUCAAAAAUUAUGAAAUUAAGAGUGAUGCAGAUCGUGUCUUGAUCUAUCUGACUUUGUAUAUUUCAGAAUGUUUGAAGAAAAUUCAAAGGUGCCAAUCUAAAGAGCAAGGGAAGAAAGAAUUACAAACAUUAGCAGUCACUGCUUUUGAUAUUCCAGGGGAUCAAAGAUUUCCACUAAAUGCCAUGUACCAAAAACCAAAUUCACGCCAAGAUUCAGAUCAAAUGCGUCAAUACAUGGUCCAAUUAAGACAAGAACUUGGUUUAAGAUUGGUUGAUAAAGUAUUUGACCCUAAAACAGAUAAACCAUCAAAGUGGUGGAUGUGUUUUGUGAAGAGAAAAUUCAUGGAAAAAAGUCUUUCUGGACCUGGCCAAUAAAUUGGCACUUUUGUUGGCUGUAUUUUAAGAAAUGUACCUUUAAGUUCCUACAAUUUAAUUUUCUAUAUCUCUUUGGAAUAAAUUUUACGAAUUUCUA